AUGAAUACGAGUGUAAAUGUAAAUGUAUGGCAUCCUCCUCCUGCAUCAGUUUUCAAGUUGAACUUUGAUGCUGCAAUUUUUUCGGACUUGAAUAGUUCCGGAGUUGGUGCAAUGAUUCGUAAUGAGAAGGGAGAGGUGGUGGCAGCUAUCUUGGCUAAAGGCCCACCGGUGGGAGAUAGUGAAGAGGCUGAAAUUUUAGCCUGUAGAAAAGUGUUGGAGUUUGCAAUUGAUGCAAGUUUUUCAGAACUGGUUAAUGAAGGGGAUAACGUCAAUGUCAUGAAAUCCAUCUCUUCCACUGGAGUAAACCAGUCUCGGUUAGGCCAUAUUAUUGAGGAUAUUUUAAGUCUUGCUCAUGGACUUCGUUGGGUGAAUGUUAGCGCUGUGUAA